GUAAAAUUUGGGGAAUAUGCAUUUUCUCCAUUCAGCUGUAUUGAAUGGAUAAUACAGGAGCGAAGCCUAAGUGAAACAAUUUCCAGCCCAUUUUGCAGGCAGGCCACAGUCGGGACAUUACCUGCAUGACAUAAUUGACAGUGAACACAGGCAAUCUUGUUAAUUGAUUACUCAGACCUGUGCUAAUGGAAAAUGCAAAGCCUCAUUGUAUCUUCCAUAAAGCCCCUGUCAGUAACAUUUCCUCACAAAGACUGCCAGUGGCAGACCCACUAAUGUUUCCAGACUUCCCCCCCAGGGACCCCAUACAUCACCUUUCAGGCUGUUUUGAUUCUGUGAAUAAUUACCAAGAUAUAAGAUGAUUACUGAAUCAAAUGUUUUAUAAUGACAUAGUAUCUGUCACACCGUUGAUCAGAAAUAAACUUAAGUUACACCCAGUCCCUCUGCCUGUUUUUAUUAUUUUGUUGUUCCUUCCUUCUUUUUUUUUGUUUUAAUCCAGGUUGAGAUGAUGAUGCGGGGUAUCGGCCCCGCUCCCCUCUUGUGCAGGAUUCAGCCUCCAGCUCCUCCUCUGAUGCAUCGUUUGCAUCAGUACUUGGGAGCACUUGUCCGCGCGCUGCUGCACCUCCUCACAGUACAUUCAACCACUUUACCAGGUGAUGACAGACACUCGCUCAAGACUAAAAAAAUGAUAUGUUUUUAAGUAGGAAUCAACGUAGAAUGGAGACGCGCCUCGGUCACUGCCUUUUUAUCAUUUUCUCUGAGUGGAUUUGGAUCUUUACCCUAACUUCCAUCCUGGGCGGAACAAAAGCGGAGGUAAGGUGCAUUCCCUCUUGCCAGCUGCCGCUCAUUUCCGCAGCAUUUCCCCGGGAACUCUCGGCGCUGGAUUUGACAAAUUUUGGAGAGGCAACAGCUGAAGAGUUUCUUAGAUUUACCGAGGGGUCCGUCACCCCCCGAAACGAAAGGCACUACGAUGCGGAACUGACCGCGAGCGAAGAAAGUUCGUCCAAAGUACAGCCACGGUUUGGGGGAAAUAUCUCAAGUUCUCUGCAUAAAGGCGCCCCAAGCAGUAACCAGAAACUUUCCCAAUCUGAAGUGUCUUCACGCGCGUCCUUCCCCUUUCUCAGCAAUGUAACCGAGAAUAACACAGACGAUGGGGGAAAUAAAAUUGGUGAUGUGACGGAAAACGAGGACAGGAAUGUGAGCAGUUGGAGACGUAGUGCGAGGAGCACAGAGACUUGGUCCGGAUUCAGACCUGAGGGCGGGGAGGAUGCUUCGGUUUCGGACCAGGAGGAGUUUCACCUCACAAGUUCGACAUUUGCGCUCACCGAGGACACGGCUCAUAACCAGGCGAUGGUGCACUGGUCCGGACAAAACAGUAGCGUGAUUCUCAUGUUGACAAAAUACUACGACUUUAACUCUGGCAGAGUAACGGAGAGUUCGUUAUGGAGGUCAACUGAUUAUGGGACCACGUAUGAAAAGCUCAAUGAGAAAGUCGGGACAAAAACCAUACUGAGCUACUUGUAUGUCAGUCCAAACAACAAGAUGAAGAUCAUGUUACUGACCGACCCAGAAGUGGAGAGCAGCUUGCUCAUUAGCCUUGACGAGGGGGCGUCCUAUCAAAAAUACAGCUUAUCCUUUGAUAUCCUCAGCUUGCUUUUUCACCCCGAGCAGGAAGACUGGAUUCUGGCUUACAGCCAUGACCAAAAGCUCUAUGUCUCCGUUGAGUUUGGAAGGAGAUGGCAGCUUGUGCAUGACAACGUCGUCCCCAACAGAUUCUACUGGUCCAGACUGGGCUUGGACAAAGAACAAGGAAUGAUUCAUCUGGAGAUCAGCGUCUCUGAUGGGCGAUCGCAGUACAUAACUUGUAAACUUCAGAAUUGCUCUGAUGGAAACAAGAGCAAACCUUUUCCCGGGUUUAUCAUCCCUAAUUCCCUUGUGGUUCAGGAUGAAUACGUUUUUAUCCAGGUGCCAGUAGGUGGCCAGUCUGUCCAUUAUGUGUCCUAUAAACGAAAUGCUUUCUACCCAAUGAAGCUUCCCAAGUACACUCUGCCAAAGGACUUGCAGAUAAUCAGCACAGACGAUAACCAGGUGGUGGCAGCGAUUCAGGACUGGCACCAGAAUGAUUCCUACAACCUGUACAUGUCUGAGUCCAGAGGGCUAUUCUUCACCCUGAUGCUGGAGGACGUUGUGAGCAGUGGAGGUCCCGAGGGAAAUAUAAUGAUAGACCUCUAUGAGGUUGCCGGGAUUAAAGGGGUGUUCCUGUCAAAUAAAGUUGUCGAGAACCAAGUGAAAACUUAUAUCACAUACAACAAGGGGAGAGACUGGCGUCUUCUUCAGGCUCCAGCAACCGAUCUCCAAGGAAACAAGGUCUAUUGUGAACAACCAUACUGUUCGUUGCACCUGCACCUCCACGUAUCAGAGAAUCCUUACACCUCGGGAAACAUUGUCAGCAAAGACUCAGCUCCAGGAAUCAUAUUAGCAUCAGGCGUAGUUGGACCUGAGCUGACCAACGCUAAUGUCAGCAUCUUCAUCACAUCUGAUGCUGGGAACACCUGGAGAGAGGUUUUUCAGGAAGAGUACAGUGUGUUUUUCCUGAAUCAAGGAGGAUCUCUGGUGGCCAUCCGACACACACCUCUGCCAAUUAGACACAUUUGGCUGAGUUUUGAUGAGGGCAGAAACUGGGACAAAUAUAGCUUCACCUCCUCUCCGCUCUAUGUUGAUGGGGUGCUGGGGGAGCCUGGAGAGGACACCCUUAUAAUGACAAUAUUCGGUCACUUCAGUCAUCGAUCUGAGUGGCAACUUGUCAAGAUCGACUUCCGGUCCAUUUUCCAACAGCAGUGCACAUCUGACGACUAUCUGACGUGGCAGUUGCACAAUGAGGGUGAAGUGUGCAUCAUGGGAAUGAAGAGAAUCUUCCAAAAACUGAAAGCAAACGUUCGAUGUGUCAAGGCCAGAGAUCAGUAUAUUUCCCAGAUGUCAGAUUCCUGCCUGUGCACAGAGGCGGAUUUUGAGUGCGACUAUGGGUUCGAGAGGCAGAUCGAUGGCACCUGUGCUCCAGCUUUCUGGUUCAUUCAUUCGGCAACAUCUAGAGACUGCAUCACAGGGGACAGCUUCCUCAACACCACAGGAUAUCACAGAGCUUUGUCUAACAACUGCACUGAGGGAAACCUGUUAAAGUACAUCCCCAGACGACAAAAGUGUCCCAGUCAGGCUCCCAGGGGCCUCCAGCUCUUCACCAGCGAGGGAACGCUGGUAGCAACUUUGGGAAAGAAUGUCACCUUCUUGGUUUUUCUGGAAGAGGGUCUUGGCUCCAUGACAAGUAUAACAGUGGACUUUGGUGAUGGAACCGCUAUAUCGUAUGUGAAUAUAAGCUCCAUCGACGACGGGGUCAAGCAUAUCUACAGUAAAGUUGGCAUCUACCAAGUUUCUGCUACAGCAAACAACGCUCUGGGCUUUGACAGGGUCGUACUCUACCUCCAUGUCUCCUGUCAACUCGAGCAGGUCCAGCUUUCUGCUCCGUCAGUGGUCAUCAAGAACAAAGCGGUAAACCUUACCACAGUGCUACAGCCCAGUGAUGUGGGAACAGUCACUUAUUACUGGUGGUUUGAUAACAAAACGGAGCCUGUUGUGACCCUCAGUGGCGCAAUGCCCUUCAGUUUCUCCAAGGAGGGAACUCACACUGUUACUGUUCAGGCUUCAGUGGGCAACACUGUCCAUCAAGAUCAAAAGAGGGUAGCAGUUUAUGAUUAUUUCCGCUCGCACGUGUUGGCAUUUUCAUCUAAUUUGGAUGAGCUGAACCCCGGGGUGUCUGAGUGGAGAGAGGACAUCGCCAGAGUUGUGAAAAACUGCAUGGUUCAGGUCACUGGAAUCAGUGAGGAUCAGCUCCUGGUCACAGUGCUUCCAGGGCUACCAACUACAGCAGAGAUUUUCAUUGUACCUGAGAAGAGGCCAAGAGACAGAGCCAUGGAUGAAAAGUGGGCACACCUGGAUCAGCUUUCUCAGGUUCUGCUAAGUGCGCUGAACCAAGACCUCAUCCAGUUCACACUCAAACCGGGGGUGCAGGUAAACGUGUACGCCACACGGCUGUCUCCAGCUCCUCUCGUGGACAGCAGUGAUAGUGGCCACAGCGGCACGGCGGUCAUCAUGCUGGUGUCAGUUGUCCUGAUGGGCCUGGCUGCCUUUGUUAUAUAUAAAUUUAAAAGGAAGAUCCCAGGCAUGAACACAUACACGGCAGAGCAGCCUGACAAAGAACAAGAGGUCAUCCCGUCAGUGACCUCCAUAGCCGUCCCAAACCCUGAGGGGGACAAGCUGACCGCACUGGAUCACGUGGAUGUACAGCUGGACUCAAAAAGCAGAGGCUACCUGCCAUCUCACACAGACAUCAAGCUCUCUGAUGAAGCACCCCAUGUGUUUUAAUGUUGAGAGUCUAUGACCGACUCGAAAGCAAUACAUCUUCUUUGGCAGUUACUUCCAGCAAGCUAUGAAACCACGGUCACAAUGAAUGGUCUCGAGUGUUUUGCUACCCAUGCAUGGAUGGACCAGUUCACACUGUGCUGCCUAAUCCCUCUGAGGAGACUGUACAGAUUUAUACUUGCUUCUUGAAAAGGAACACUUUUUGACUGAAAUACUUGUAUUUUUGCAAGGACACUGAUCUUUUUAUGUAAAUAAUGUACAUCCAUAAUGGAAGAAGUCUCAGCUGGUUACAGCUGCGCCUGCCCAAAUAUGAAAAUAUCAAAUGGGAGUGAUGUGUAAUCAUAUCUCAAAAUAUUCUACCGUUUUUGUUUUUGGACUUGUGUUUGUGGAGUUUACUUUAUUUAACUAUGUGGAAAUAGCUUAUCUGAGUAAGACAGUGAGGGAAGCAGAUUCAUUAAGCUCUGUACAAUCAGUAAAUCUUAUCAGCAGAUUCUCAUCAAAUGAAAGCUUGCAAUAUCCAGGAGAUGAAGGAGAGCUCCUAGUCCCAGAUCUGUGUAUUCCAUCAAGGCUGCCUCUGUGCCGCUCAAAAUGUUAUAAUAUGUGUCAUAACAAAAAUAAGAACAGAAGAUUAUAGUAGAUGGGUAUGCACAGCAGAUGAAAAUCCGAGCAAUCCCUCUUGUCUAGUAGACUCAAAUAAGUCAUUUUGGUGACAAUGAAGGCAGCAGAAUGAAUGCUAACGUCAUAAAUGUUACCCUGCUUUUACACGAACAACACACUAGUGCUCUAAAUCAUUGUUUUGGGCUAUUAUUGCAACGGUAGUCUUAUAUUUGAUUGUCAUACGGUCAAUUUUAACUGUUGCACAAAACAGUGACUUUUACACUUUGUAUUUAUUCAUUGCCAGAAGCAUUUCUUGUGUAUUCGGGUUUCUACACAGAGAACAAAAUGUAAAUUUUCAGAAUAAUAACACUGCGGCAGACACUCACUGUAAUGCAGUAAAAAAAAGUGCUAAAUUUACACUUUAGUUAUUAGAGCAAGGUUUAUUUUCAGUUUGUCGCCUCCUUGACACAAUUACUACUUACUUUUCAUAUUUUCUUUGAACUGCUGGUACUGUGAAGGAUGUGGUGCCUUUUUAUAGGAAAAGAGUGAAACUGUGGAUUUUUGGAUUAUUGUAAUACACUUUUUAUUUACUCUGGACUGUUUAUGAUAUUAAAAUGAUACCGACAUCUACACAUAGCAUUUCCUCGGUUUACUGCAAUGCACGGGAGCCUGCAGUCUGUUUAAGGUUUACCCCCAAGGACUCGGCGGACAAAAGCCUGCAGAUUUGUUCAUCUCGUUCGCUGCAAGGGACACAGAGAUAGAGAAGACAUAUCUCCUGUCAACAAGGCUCAGCCUACGCACACUGCUUUGGUCAGCUGCUGUCUCUUUGGGAUAAGUACUAAAGUUCUUCUUCAUCAAACUUUUCUUUUUAAGUGUUGUCAGCAUCAUAUGUCAGUAAGACAAAUUGACUAGAGGCUUCUCCAUACUUCUUCCCUCCAAUCCUCCAAUUGAGCCUGAAGCAUAAAUAAACUCGUCUUCAGACAAACUCUCAUCUCUCCACAUGGUCAUCUGAAGAUUUUUUUUUUUUUGUGCUUGUUAUUUAUUUAACAACUAUUUUUGUUAAGUCCAAAUAAUUAACCUGUGAAUACGAUUGUGAACAUAUUUGCAUGACCUUUUUUUUCUAUUUCAAGCUACCUAAAUAUGUCUUAGGUAAAAAAAAGAAAAGAAAAAAAAGAAAUGUUAACAAUGUGAACUGGAAAAUGUUAUGUUUCUCAACGGGCUAGACUAAUCAUUCAUUAUAAGUGAUGUGAUUAUUCAGUGGGUUGUUACUGUGUUUUUCAUUUGAUCUUGCAGAAGUAACCAUAAUUACAUAAAUAAUAAAGGAGAAACCCAAAAAGGAUUGCAGUGUGGCUGCUAUAUUUCUGCUGUUUAAACCACGUAGUUAACUCGCAGGCUAUGCAAAGUCAAUCAGCAAGGCUCAUGAGGAGCAAAAGUAAGGCUCUACCCUAGCCGACUGUGAGUCUAUCACAAAUUGGUACUUUUGAUUGAUAGGCACGCUCACAUUGUAGAAUUAGUUGCUUCUUCUUCUUUGUCUCUUAACAAGUGUUGCUUAGCAUGCCUGAAGUUUCAGUGCAGCCAUUUGCAUAAUACAAUGGGGCAGAGCGAGAGGACAAUGAAAAGCACCAAGUAGCCUGGAGUGAUUCUAAUGGGCUAGUUCCUUGGCUCUCCCACUGUGCAACAAAUUAAUUAUCCCCUCUCCAGGAAAUCAACACACACACACACACAAUCAACAAGGAAGAUUUUCCCAGUCUGGGUAGCACCUUGAAUGAAAAAUGUCCCACAACAAUAACCCACAGCAAUAUUGUGUUAGCCACAGUGUGAAAUUGAUGAGCAUGUUUCCUUUCAUUGAGUGCUACAUUACAGUGUCUGGCUGCAGCGAAUCAUCCAUUAGUGAUUGUCACCGUUCAAUUUGAUUGUGCACUGCCGAACAUCCCAGGGCAGUUAGAGAAAGGCCUUGGUGUUAAUUCAGACUGAGAGCAGGAGCGAGAAUAAGACUCUCGGGGCGUUGAUGGCUGUUGGAGUGAUGAAGAUUGGUGUGCGAUAUGAAGCCGUUGAAGUGGCAAACAAAAUGCAAAACACAGAAACAAGGUCCUGGUUGCUGCAGCUUUGUAUGUGAAGACAUAUUUCAGCCAAUCAACCACAUUGUUUUAUGCUCCAAUCUCACUGCCUUUCACAUUUCUUUUGUAACUCAGAGAAGAAAUCAUACUGAUACCCCCGUACUAACAUCUGCUUUUCAUCACUUGACCACAGCCGUAGUAAUUGUUCCCAUUAAAACGAAACCAGCUAUAACUGGCAACUUGAAUGAUAGAGUGUUAGAGUUAAAAUGAAGCUCAGUCUAAAUGUCAGAUGGGAAUCUUCACAUGGGUGUUAUCACACUUCUGCCCAUUAAAUCUGACUUCAGAGCCUCUGUGGGAUCAUUAAAAGUGCUGUGGUGAGCCUGAUACACUGGCUGCUACAUGGCACCUGUGUUUCAGAUAAGACUGUGGUGGUGCUGUUAA